AGGGUGGGGGGGGGGCAUUUGACUCCUGUCUCCCAACCCCCCAGUCGGUCCGUGCGAGGUGGAUUUGAGGAAGAAAAGACUCCAAACCUGCGACGUGGAGAUAACGAAAGAAGCAGAAAGGAGACGUUUGCAGAUCCACGCGCGGCGUUGUCGCGCACGGAUUACGUGGGUUAUUUUUGUUACUUUUAGGUUUCUUUCACUGAGAAGAUUCUGCCUCGGAGCCCGUGAUCGGAGAAGGAAAUUGCGCUUAUCUACGCAACACUCUCCUUUAGUUUAUUGACUACUUUGCUUAAAUAAAAGUGGAAUACACCGUUUUGUUUUUUUUUUUGCAUCUUCCGAGGAUACACACGGUCGCUUUUCCUGAAGAGAAGUACGAUCGCUUCCCCACAAAGAGAGAUCCAAGGAUUUUAAAGGCCUUUCCCCCCCCGUAAGGGGGGGUUGUCUCAUAUUUAUCGCUGAGAGUUCAAAGUGCCAAACCAUCCUGCCUGCAGAUAUCAAGCUUCCCGGUACAGUUGGGGCCUCGGCUCUCCAGCCAGGUCGAAAAUAACUCCCCUAUACCUGCCCCACCCCCCCACACACCCACUGGAACCAAAAUGGCCACAAGGUGUGCUGCUCAUCUACCUUUUCCAUUCCUGCUCCCCGUUACCACUCUGCUGCUAUCACUGCUGCUCACUGAUUCGCACGCCUUAUCACCUCCACGGUUUACAAAAGUCCCCGUUGACCAGAUAGGUGUCUCUGGGGGUGCGGUGUCCUUUGUCUGCCAGGCGACAGGUGACCCCAAGCCAAGGGUUAGCUGGAAUAAGAAAGGCAAAAAGGUCAACUCGCAGCGUAUAGAGAACAUUGAAUUUGACGAAGGAGCUGGUGCAGUGCUUCGAAUUCAGCCCCUCCGUGCCCCGCGUGAUGAGAACAUCUAUGAAUGUGUGGCGGAGAACAGCGAGGGCGAGAUCACAGUCAAUGCCAAGCUGUCGAUCAUUCGAGAGGACCUACUUCCUCCUGGCUUCCCUCACAUUGACAUGGGCCCUCAGUUGAAAGUAGUGGAGCGCACUCGGACCGCAACAAUGCUCUGUGCAGCCAGUGGUAACCCUGACCCAGAAAUCACCUGGUAUAAAGACUUCCUGCCCAUUGACCCUACUGCAAGUAAUGGGCGAAUCAAACAGUUACGCUCAGGUGCCUUGCAGAUUGAGAACAGCGAGGAGACGGACCAAGGGAAGUACGAGUGUGUGGCGUCUAAUUUGGAAGGCGUCCGCUACUCGUCCCCUGCUAACCUUUAUGUGCGAGUCCGACGGGUGCCUCCUCGCUUCUCCAUUCCACCAACGAGUCAAGAAAUUAUGCCUGGUGGGAGUGUGAACAUAACAUGUGUGGCAGUGGGGUCCCCCAUGCCUUACGUCAAGUGGAUGUUGAAUUCAGAGGACUUGACGCCAGAGGAUGAGAUGCCUGUGGGUAGGAAUGUUCUUGAACUGAGCGGCGUCCGUGAGUCAGCCAACUACACCUGUGUGGCCAUGAGCAGCCUUGGCAUCAUUGAAGCUGUGGCACAAAUCACUGUCAAAUCUCUUCCGAAGCCUCCAGGUACUCCUGUGGUAACUGAAACCACUGCUACUAGUGUGACUAUCACCUGGGACUCUGGCAACCCUGACCCCGUAACUUACUAUAUCAUCCAGUAUCGUGCUAAAUCGCCAGAAAGCAAGUAUGAAACAGUGGACGACAUCACCACUACACGUUACAGCAUUGGUGGCCUCUACCCCAACACAGAGUAUGAAAUUCGAGUCUCAGCCGUCAACACAAUUGGUCAAGGUCCUCCCAGUGAACCUGUGGAAACCAGAACUGGCGAACAAGCACCUGCUAGUCCACCCCGUAACAUUCAGGCCCAGAUUAUAUCUCAAAACACCAUGAUGGUACGCUGGGAAGAUCCAGAGGAGCCUAAUGGGCAGAUUAAGGGUUAUCGGGUUUAUUACACCAUGGAUGACUCUCAGCCUAUGAGCCUCUGGCAGAUUCAUAAUGUCCAGGACAGUAUUAUCACUACGAUUCAGAGCCUGGUUCCUCAAGAGACAUAUACCAUCAAAGUCCUCGCGUUUACCUCAGUAGGUGAUGGACCAUUCUCAGAUCCAAUCCACGUCAAAGUCCUGCAAGGAGUUCCUGGCCAGCCAUCCAAAUUUCAGGUUGGAGAUAUAUCCGACACCAGCAUUGAACUGACGUGGGAACCAGCCUUUGACAAAGAAGGAAUUAUAAGUUAUGAACUUCGCUACACUGAGGGAAAUUUUGGCUCUCAGAUCAAGAAAACGUUUGGGCCCACAUCUUCAUACAUUGUGGAAGGUCUCCGACCAAACACGGAGUAUCACUUCUCCCUGGCAGCUAUCUCAAACAAGGGCAUUGGAGCAUUCACCAAUGAUAUGUCACAGAAGACCUUGCAAGCCAAGCCCUCAGCCCCUCCUCAAGACAUUAAAUGCAGCAGCACCAGCUCCACCACAUUGCUGGUAAGUUGGCGCCCCCCGCCAUUGAAGAGUCAGAAUGGCCUCCUGGCGGGGUACAGGGUGCACUACCAGGUGGCAGAACAAUCAGAGGGUGUUGGUGACGAUGUGGAGCCAAUGGAAGAGCCUACCGUGCCUGCCACCGAAGAGCAGGUGCUGCUGCAGCGGUUGGAUAAAUGGACCCUGUAUCGCAUCACUGUGUCCGCUUACACGGUCGUUGGGCCGGGCCCCGAAAGCGAGCCGUUAAUCUGCCGGACCGAUGAAGACGUUCCUGGCAGCCCUCCCAGGCGAGUGGAGGUGGAGGUCUUAAACUCAACUGCUCUUAAAGUGAUGUGGCGUUCUCUGAUGCCAGGAAAGCAGCACGGUCAGAUCCGUGGCUAUCAGGUCCACUAUGUUCGUGUGGAGAAUGGAGAGUCUAGGGGCGUCCCCCUCAUCAAGGAUGUCAUGCUGGCUGAUGCCCAGGAAAUGGUUAUUGGAGGGCUCAAGCCAGACACUACUUACUCCAUCACCGUGGCGGCAUACACAACCAAAGGUGAUGGAGCACGGAGCAAACCCAAACUGGUGGUGACCAAAGGGGCAGUACCUGGUCGACCCAUUUUGUCUGUGACUCAGGAGUCGGAAACAUCUGCUCUUGUUCGCUGGGACUCACCAGACCUGAAAAAUGGCAUGGACCUCCAAGGUUACAGGCUCCAGUUUGGUCGUAAAGAUGUAUCACCAUUGGCCACCCUAGAGUUUUCCCCCCAAGAACGGCAAUACACCGUGGGCAAUGUUCACCGGGGGGCUACCUACCUGUUUAAACUCUCUGCCAAAAGCAGAGGGGGCUUUGGAGAGGAAGCUGUUGUGGAACUCUCUGUACCUGAGAAUACACCAGGGGGAUAUCCCCAAAUGAAUGAAGGUUCCAAUGUGACAUGUUGCUCAGUGCAGCUGUCCUGGUUACCACCAGUGCUGGCAGAGAGGAACGGUGUAAUCACUGAGUACACUUUAGCCUAUAAGGAAGCUGGUUCUGGCGCUUCACCGCGGGAGCUCCACUUGCCUCCCAACCUGUCCACCUUCGUGCUCAACAGCCUCAAACCAAACUCAGCAUAUGAUGUGAAAAUUCGUGCACACACCAUUGUAGGUCCUGGGCCCUACAGCCCACCUAUCCAGUAUCGGACAGUGGCCUAUGAUCCAACAGAUGUUCCGAAGAAUUUUACCAUCAAGUGGGCUACCAAGACCACAGUGGUCCUUGCAUGGAAAUUUUCUGAAAGCAAAUCUGCAUACAAAUGCACGAUUGAAUACAACCGACAGAAGAUGGAUGUUGAUGCAAGGAAGCUAAAAGUCACUGUUACUGGGCUGAGGCACAACACCACCUAUGAGUUCAAAGUGACCUGCCAAGAAAGCAUGGAUGGUGGGCCGAGACACCGUGUUGUGGCCCGGACUGCACCCCUCAUUCUAGUCAAGAAACCAAAGCUGGACAUCUAUGCAGAGCCUGACAAUAUUCUCACCAUGUCCUUCCCGCCAGUCGAUGGCAAGGAUGUCAAGAAUUUCUAUGUGGUUGUGGUGCCAUUGAAGAGAACCACCGGGACUGUCAAAAACCUGAAGACUCCUGAUGAGAUGGACAUGGAAGAGCUGUUGCGGGAAGUGAUCCCCAAGCGCCGUUCACGUCGUCAGCUGGGCCAGUUGGACCAGUGGAAGCCCUACAUCACUGCCUGCUUCCGGCAACUUCCCUCCAGCUUCACCGUGGGCUCCAACCAUCGCCAGAGCAGCUGUGAGAACAAAGCACUUGAACCUGGCCAGGAAUAUGUUUUCUUCCUCAUGGCAGAGCUUAACACUACUUCCAGCAAAAUGUUUGCAACAAGUCCAUACACUGACACAGUGUUGACUCCUGAGCAAGUGGAUGACCCGCAGCCAAUAGAAACUGGCGGCGAUGGGCUGAUUUGGGUCGUGGGCCCGGUCCUGGCUGUGGUUUUUAUCAUCUGCAUUGUCAUCGCAAUCCUCCUGUAUAAAAAUCGCAAGAGAAAGGAGUCAGAACCACGCACAAAAUGUCUGCUGAACAACGCAGACAUCACACCACACCAUCCCACCGACCCCGUGGAAAUGAGACGGAUCAACUUCCAAACACCAGAUUGUGGUCUAAACAGUCCUCAGGGUGCGGCCGAAAUUGAAUCUGAAAGUAUGAUGAAUCACCCCCCCAUUCCCAUCUCCGAACUGGCUGAGCACACAGAGCUUCUCAAAGCCAACGACAACCUGAAGCUCUCCCAAGAAUAUGAGUCUAUCGAUCCAGGCCAGCAGUUCACUUGGGAACACUCCAACCUGGAGGUGAACAAGCCCAAAAAUCGUUACGCCAAUGUCAUUGCCUACGACCACUCCCGUGUCAUCCUGGCUCCCAUUGAGGGGAUCACAGGAAGCGACUACAUCAACGCCAACUACAUUGACGGCUACAGGAAGCAAAAUGCAUACAUCGCCACUCAGGGUCCUUUGCCAGAAACUUUUGGGGACUUCUGGAGGAUGGUGUGGGAGCAGAGAGCAGCCACUGUGGUUAUGAUGACCAGACUGGAGGAGAAGUCACGGAUAAAAUGUGACCAGUACUGGCCCAGUCGCGGUACAGAAACGUAUGGUAUGACCCAAGUGACACUGUUGGAUACCAUCGAAUUGGCCACUUUCUGUGUGCGCACCUUCUCCUUGCACAAGAAUGGAUCUAGUGAAAAACGCGAGGUUCGCCAGUUCCAGUUCACAGCGUGGCCUGACCAUGGUGUGCCAGAAUACCCGACCCCCUUCUUGGCCUUCCUACGUAGGGUCAAGACUUGCAAUCCACCUGAUGCUGGACCCAUCAUCGCCCACUGCAGUGCCGGUGUCGGUCGGACAGGUUGUUUCAUUGUCAUCGACGCCAUGCUCGAGCGGAUCAAGCACGAGAAAACUGUUGACAUUUACGGUCACGUGACACUGAUGCGCUCACAGCGGAACUACAUGGUGCAGACAGAGGACCAGUACAGUUUCAUUCACGAUGCACUGCUAGAGGCGGUGGCCUGUGGCAACACGGAGGUAGCAGCUCGCAGCCUCUACUCCUACAUCCAGAAGCUGGCCCAAGUGGAGAGUGGCGAGCACGUUACUGGCAUGGAGCUUGAAUUCAAGCGUUUAGCCAAUUCCAAAGCCCACACAUCACGUUUCAUCAGUGCCAACCUACCUUGCAACAAGUUCAAGAAUCGCCUGGUCAACAUCAUGCCCUAUGAGACCACGCGGGUCUGCCUGCAGCCAAUCAGAGGCCUGGAAGGAUCUGACUACAUUAAUUCCAGCUUUAUUGAUGGGUACAGGCAACAGAAAGCCUACAUUGCAACACAGGGCCCUCUGGCAGAAACUACAGAGGACUUCUGGAGAAUGCUCUGGGAGAACAACUCCACCAUUGUAGUUAUGUUGACCAAACUGAGAGAGAUGGGAAGGGAAAAGUGUCACCAGUAUUGGCCAGCAGAGCGCUCCGCUAGGUAUCAGUACUUUGUGGUGGACCCCAUGGCUGAGUACAACAUGCCUCAGUACAUCCUUCGAGAGUUCAAGGUCACAGAUGCCAGGGACGGCCAAUCCAGGACAGUAAGGCAGUUCCAGUUUACCGACUGGCCUGAGCAGGGCGUUCCCAAAUCUGGCGAGGGCUUCAUCGAUUUUAUUGGCCAGGUGCAUAAAACCAAGGAGCAGUUUGGACAGGAUGGACCAAUCUCUGUACACUGCAGCGCUGGUGUGGGCAGGACUGGCGUCUUUAUCACCCUCAGUAUCGUCCUGGAGCGAAUGCGUUACGAAGGCGUUGUUGAUAUCUUCCAGACCGUGAAAAUGCUCCGGACACAAAGACCAGCAAUGGUCCAAACGGAGGAUGAGUACCAGUUCUGCUAUCACGCCGCUCUGGAGUACUUAGGAAGCUUUGAUCACUAUGCAACGUAAAAGCCAUCUCUCCCCCCGCCCCAUGAGUCCUGUCACCCCCUCAACAGUCUCCUGAGCCAUAGAAACUUGAAUUUUGAAACUUUGGUGUCACAAGAAUGACAUCACUCUUCAUUCUGACACAUCAAAGCAAGCCACCAGAUUUUUAGACACCACUCCAAACAGAAUAAUUCCAAUUGGGCCAAGUUAGCUCAGACUCUGCAGUCCAGAAAAGAAGACGGUCAUCAGGAGCGGGAAACCAGAAGCAUCGGCUUGAGCUGUGGGGGGCGAUCCAAGCGUCCCACCGACCUUACCUCAAGUGUUUCCAUACCAACGUUGUAAAGAUUCGCUGAAAUGUCACAAGGCAAAAAUACCAAUCAGAUGGCUGUAGCUAAGAUGGAGUGACUUUCUUUCAUGAUUUUUGAUAUUCCUGGAUGUAAAGGAAGUAAAGUAUUUCCCUCCCCCCUCUCCAUAAUAUUUUGUGAGUGAUAUUCAGAGAAAUGACCAAAUCGCGUUUGCCCGUGCGACUAGCGGAACGGAUGGUUUGCUCUCCCAAACUCUCGUCAAGCGGAAGCUCGGUGACAGCAUUAUCGGAUCGGCAAAGAAACAGAACCGCUAAUGAGGAGUUUGUUUGGGGAACAACUGACAGUACAUCUCACAUCACAUGAUCAGAAGAGAAAUUGUCAAGAUGAAAGCAACAUCAAACAGCUUGAGAUGUAUUCUCCCGCCAAUCGGAACCUCUUCUGCGAUUCACUCGAGAGCUGCGGGAUGCUGUGCCUGGGACAAGAAGUAAUGACUUGGUCGUCUGUGACCCAAAAUGUUUUAUUUUCUUUUUUUUUUUUUUAACAGCUUUGGGUUAGCAAUCUGUUAGAAGGCGUACAUCUGGUGAGAUGCUUUGGAACAAAUGGAUAAACCCGACAAAGAUGGCGCACAAAGCCUUGCUUUCUCUACAGUGACGAAGACUCAUCAUCGAUAUUACAAUGGUUUUAUUUGUUGCCGUUUAGUUUUCUUUGCAAACCAAACAUGCUGCUUAUCUCAUGUACGCGUGACUCCUAAGAUGGGUUUCAUUUCAAAAGACGCAAACACAUUGGGCCUGUUUCAAUUACAAAACAGAGUAUUUGAAACAUUUCCUUUAAGAUCAUUGUCCGCUCAUUUGCCGGAUUAAACAGCGCUUUACUUUGAAGGCUUACGACUCUGUGGGUGAGAAAACGGAGCUUGUUAGCUCUCAAUGCUCCAAGGAAAAUCUUCGGUACAAGUAUCUUGCACAUCCUUAAGAAAAAUAACUUAAAGUCCCCUGCCAAAAAAAAAAAAAAAAUAUGCAGGUAGGAUUUGACAACCUAAUUUAAAUGUGAUUCAUGAAGAUCAGCUCAGCGGGCUUUUCUUUUGACGCAUCGAUGCUUUGGCGUGCGCUUCUUUGGAUUCUGUGAACGGUUUCCGAAAGAUGUGCACAAAACAAAACCAGAGCGGUGGACAGAACUGUGUGUAAUCUUUUUUUGUAUUUCCAAAAAGCCUUAUUGUUAUUGUAACAUUAUGAGAACAUCAGUGUUGUAUUAUGAUGACUUAUUUUGCAUUACAUAGUUAACUCUUUUCUUUUCUUUUUUUAACAGAGAUGUUGUAUUGCAUUUUCUAAAAAACAAACAAAAAAAGACAAAAGAAGUGCUUAUUUGUUCAUAUUAUGUUCAAAGACAUUCUAUUUUUUCACUGUAGAAAUCUUCGGUAUGUCUGUGUACGUGCGCUUAUAUCUACAUACAGUAUAUACUGCACACUCACACAUUCAUAUAUAUUUAAAUGCAGACUAUAAAAAUAUAUCCAUCUUAGUAUGAAUCAUCAUUUUUUGUGUUGCCCUACCAGCCCAUUGCUUGAAGAUAUGACUUCCUUUUUUAGGUUGCAUUUUAGCAUUUAUUAUUUAAACCCAUGAAGAUUGUGUGUCUUGCAAAGGCAACAAACCUUUACUUUGCAUCAAAUCCUGCUUUAUCAUUCAUUUUGUAGGCAUUAGUGUUUGCUUUUUUUUUUUUUUUUUUACCGCUGAAGAGAGAUCGGUCCACAUAAUAUCUAACAAAUAGAAAAAAAUAUAUUCUAUUUUUGUUGUUAUUUUAAUUAGCCAAAUUUGACAUACUGCACUUGGUGUGGUCAUGUACAGGCUAUAACCCUUAGUUUUUAAAAACAUUUCUGUACUUUAUAUGUUCUUUUUUUUUUUUACUUAUUACUUUCCAACAUAAUGUGGUAAUUAAUUUUUGUUACAUAUACUCAACAGUCUACAUGUAAAUAAACAAAUAAAUAGAAUAUAUGUAUUUGUAAGUCAUUUGACUCUCAAGAUCUUGAACAAUCUGUUGGAACUGUUCAAGGAGUUGCUGGUUGCCAACUCAAUGUUGGUUUAAUUUUCCUCUCUGUGAAAGAACUUUCUCCAAUCUUGCUCCGCAGCCUUGAACAAGUACCGGUUGUUCCAUUUUUUUUUUUUAUAUAUAUUCUUUUUGCAGUCAAAACUGGAAGCACCUGGUCACACAGCUCAGUUAGGGUACAAAAGAAAGCAGAUGCGCUUGUCAUCCCGCAAUUUCCCCUAUAAAUCUCAGUUAAAGAUCAGUUGCCAGAUGCAUAAACAUAGAAUGCAUAUAGUUUGGUUGCAUUGUGACAAGUAUUUUCCCAUUUUUUAGACAUAUGUUUUGCUUUUUGCAGAGGGAAACCAAGUACAGCAGAAGCGAGACAACCCAAAUCUUGUCGUAAAGUCACAUUCAAUAACACGCCGUUACAAAAGAUGGAACUUUGACACAUUUCAUCAGAAACAGAAAUCUUUGAAAUCCUUGUUGUGGAAUUGAUGGGGAGCACCCAUGCCAAAAGUGUAACUGUCAAGGUCUUCGGAAGCUUGUGCAAUACAACAUUUCUGACUCCUUUUCAACACCUGCCACACUAGCAAUGUCACACAAUAUUUGGGGUGGGAAGAACAGAAAAUUGAGACACGAUCAAAAGAAUCAAGCGUUACUCACGACGUACAGGCAGAAUGAUCAAGAACUUUGAGCUAGGUUUCAUUUAUCAGAGGGCCAAGUGCUGUCAUUUUCAAACUGUUACAUCUAAC